UUGAUGCGUCUUUUAACAUGAUAGCACUACAGGACAUCAGUGAAGUUCAGGGAACUGCUACUUUAUCUGGGUUCUUUAGUUUUUCAUGGAUAGACAAGAAUUUAGUAUGGAAUCCAGCAGACCAUAACAACAUAUACAAUAUUGACUUUCCGCAGGAUGUUUUAUGGAAACCACCAAUGGUUAAUGGUAACGCCGUAAAAAAUAUAAAAAUUAUGACUGUGGAUAAUAUGAUGUUAGCGGUGGCGGAAGACGGACGGGUAUAUUUUUACCCAGGAGACAGUUUUACGUUUACAUGUGAUAUUGAUAGUUCGAACUUUCCAUUCGAUACACAGAUAUGUACAAUGGACAUACUGACCUGGGGUUAUUCUAACAAAACGUUGGUGUUUAACGACGGCCUAGUAUCUACAGAUCUCAUGGGUACUAACAGUGGAUGGGAACUGACAAGUGCAACAAUCACUGGUAAUGUCUUCGGACAAUUAACUAUUCCUGGAGUCAAAGUCAAAUUCAAUUUCAAACGACGAUCUUAUUUUUUUAUUAUGAAUCUUUUAGUUCCCGUCAACUUUUUAGGAUUCCUCAAUAUCUUUGUUUUUAUUUUACCGCAGGAGUCUGGAGAAAGGAUCGGGUUUUCCAUAACAGCGUUGUUAGCAGUGGUAGUUUUCAUUACUAUAGCUGAAGAUAUCCUGCCCGCAACUGCUACACCAAAAUUAGCUGCUUUGUAUGAAUUACUGAUCCAAGAUAUGGCCUUGAGUGGUUGUAUUGUUAUUUCUGUUAUUAUAAGUUCGAGGAUAUACUAUAAAAAGGACCAUGAAGCCAUGCCUAAAUGGAUUCGAAAAUGCAUCGGAUAUAAAUUUCCCUGCUGUAAAAUGCACCAUUUAAACUUUAAUAGACAUUUAAACGAACCAAAUUCUGUACAUGCAAUAGAACCCACAGAUGAAAAGAACGUGGACUUGGAUGAUAAUACAAACAAACUAAACUGGGAGACAGUCAGUAAAUUUUGGGACACAUUUUCCAUUUGUUUUUAUUUAUUGUGGUUUAUAGCAGGCAAUGUAAAAUUUUUCAUUGAUACACAAUAAAAGCUUACUGAAUUUGA